UUGGCAUCAUCUGAUACUCGCUGCAGUAUUACCUCGCUUUUAGAAGCUUGACUGAAGAAUCCCGCUGAAGAUGUCUGGUCGUGGAAAGACUCAAGGAAAGGACAGAGCGAAGUCCAAGACCCGCUCAUCCCGUGCCGGACUCCAGUUCCCCGUCGGUCGUGUCCACAGACUGCUGAGGAAAGGACACUAUGCUAAGCGGGUCGGUGCCGGAGCUCCCGUCUACAUGGCGGCGGUGCUCGAGUAUCUGACCGCUGAGAUUCUGGAGCUGGCCGGUAAUGCUGCACGAGACAACAAGAAGAGCAGAAUCAUCCCCCGUCACCUGCAGCUGGCUGUCCGUAACGACGAGGAGCUCAACAAACUGCUCGGCGGAGUGACCAUCGCUCAGGGAGGCGUGCUGCCCAACAUCCAGGCUGUUCUCCUGCCCAAGAAAACCGAGAAGGCCGUGAAGGGAAAAUAAUCCUGUUUCCACCGUAAAAACCCCACAAAGGCUCUUUUAAGAGCCACCCAAC